UCUUCAAAGUAGAACACGUGGACAGAAAAAACGGAGUCGUAGGUCAGGUUAGAGCCACGCCCCCCUGGUGUGACGACGAGACCAGCUGGUGUUUAAUCCGAACACGAUUCUGCAGCAUCAAUUUGCCACUGGACAGUUCCUCUAGGCAAGCUGACCGGUGUGGACUGUUAAUAUACCUGAAUACUCAGCAAGGAAAUAACACCAGUAAGCUUCAUGACAAAAAUGGAGUGAGAGACAGCUGAAGAAUUGGACCUGCGAGGGGAACCGCUGUUUUGUGCAAAUGUUCUAUCUAUUUUAAUCGCGAAAAAGCAAAUACACGAUAAUAUACUACGGCUCAUAUGUUUGUCAAUGAGUAAAAACAGUCUGGAAUGCAGGGCAUGUAUCUAAGCAAUAGUCGAUCAAUCACACUGUAGGCUACUUUUCCACGUUGCGCGCCUGCUGCUGUGGUGCGGCUUCUUUCGCCGUUCUGCCCGGUCUAUCCACGGUCUCUAGGCUUCGAAGCCACGGUGAAUUGCACUGCCAACUGAGCCGCAGCCAUGGGUGGGAAUUUGGGGUGCCACCGCUCGAUCCCCAAAGAUCCGACGGAUUUCAGCAACAGCACGCGCAAGUUUAGCGCAGCGUGCAACUUCAGCCACAUCCUCGUGAACCAGGAGAGGUUGAAUAUCAACACGGCCACCGAGGAGGAGCUGAUGACUCUACCGGGAGUGAACCGUAUGGUAGCGCAGAAUAUCGUGCAGUAUCGGGACUGCAUUGCGGGGUUUAAAAAGGUAGAAGAUUUGGCUCUCGUGAGUGGAAUUGGUGCCGGAAAACUGGAGAUCAUCAGACUGGAAAUAUGCGUUUCGAGCAGGACGAGUUCGUCCCAACACUCGCCGUCGUCGCUGCGUAAAGACUUCGAGCCCCACCUGUCAUGCACAGGUAUGAACAUUAAUACCGCCACACCGGCGCAGCUCAUGAGCAUCCGUGGCAUCACGGGUAAAAUAGCGAAUAACGUAGUAGAAUACAGGUUAGAAAACGGUCCGUUUAAGAGCAUCGAAGAUUUGGUGAGGGUCAAUCACAUAAAUUCGUCUCUAUUGGACAAAAUCCGCUUUCAAGUGUAUGUGGAGCGUUCCAGAACACCUUCCACCAAUACCAACGGGGGGUUGACAUACACCACCAAGUCUCAUCCGAGCCCCACAUCGUUCAGUCUCCUGAGUGAGGACCUGGAUCUCCCAGCCGGGGGGCCGACUCGGAUCAUGUCGGUGCGGCCCGAUGUGGAGCCUCCUUCGGGGAUGCGGGAGGGGAAGGCGGUGGUCAGGGUGGCUACCUGGAACCUCCAGAACUGCUCCUGUGAAAAAGCCAACAACCCUGGCAUCAAAGAGGUCGUGUGUAUGACACUGCUUGAAAAUGACAUCAAGUUACUGGCCGUCCAAGACCUGGUAGAUCGGGAGGCCCUUGACAAGUUCUGUGUGGAACUGAACCAGGGCUCGUUGGACAGCGUGCGGAAGUGGAGAGGACCACGGGGAGUCUGGAAGAGUACCGUCUCUGAGAAACCCACAGGACUGUUCAACAAGGGAGUCAGUUAUUCUGGGUUCCUGUGGGACAGCUCUUCUGGGAUUGACCUGAAAGAUGCUUCGGUCCUGGAGAGUCCUGUCGUCAACGGCAACGGGAUGCACCCCCACCCCCGGCCAUAUCUUGCCCACUUUUAUGUUGGAUCGUUGGAGAUGACAAUGGUCAAUGUCCACAUGAGUGCUGGGGCUUGGGAGUCCAACUGUAGGAACCACACCUCUGAGGAAGUCAAGGCCCACAGACUGACCUCCAGGAUCCAGGACACACUAAAAGCUCAGAAGGGCCUGGUGUUGUUGGGCGACUUUGGCCUGCCCCCCCAGAGCAGUGAGCUGGACCAGCUGAGGAAGGAGAGGCUGAGCCCACUGGUGCCCCCCAACAUGUUCACCAACAUCAGCACCCGCUCCCCCAAGGGCUCCCUCUGUCUGGACAACAUCUGGGUCAGCAAGUCACUGAAGAAGAUCUACGCAGGACACUGCCUGGUGGUGCGAGAGGGCCUGACCAACCCCUGGAUACCUGACAACUGGUCGUGGGGCGGGGUGGUGUCCGACCAUUGUCCUGUCAUGGCCGAGUUCUACGUGGACGUGGCACAGAAGGAGCUGAGAAACAGAGUUUCCGUGGUAGAGAGAGGAGAAAGUAUGUCGAAACACGAGCGGUGACUGUGGCUCGCGGUCGCCACAGAGAUACAGAAGGAAACUUGUGGCACGGUGGAUGUGAUAUCAGACUGACUUGACUUUGCCCUGGACUGGAUCCUGCUUUGGCCUGGAUUUUGCAGUUUAUCGAAGGGUGGAUUUACCUGACGAAUGUGAAUUGAAGCACCGAGAUUGCCUUUUUAGUUUCCUUUAUCAAUGUACAGUAGAGACUUAUCAUGACAUUGUUUUGCAGUAAAUAAUUUAAAACUGAUAGUGUGUUAGACAUCCGUGUGCCAAAACAUUUUUAAAAUGUAUAUGAAAUAAAAGGAAAUGGACAUUC